CAUCACGAUCGUCGCUGUGGUUGUCCUAGCUCUUGUGGUUUAUUUUCGAAUUUCACGUUGGUUACAGGCUAAAAAAUACGCCAGCAUGAAUGAUCGGGAAGAAGGUAAACUUUCGUUGGCCCAAAUUCUGGAGUCUACUGUAGAGCCUAACAAAAGAGCGGAUAUUGACAAGUUGAUUAUUAAACUGGACCGUCUAACUGUCGGGAAAACCAUUGGAGAAGGAAACUUUGGGUGUGUGUUCGAAGGUUUUCUCGUCACCGGAAAAGGUUCUGUGGGGGUCAAGGUCGCAGUAAAAACAUUACAGGAAUCCGUGUCUCAGAGUAUGGACCUGAAGGGUUUUGUCCAAGAGGCCGUAAUGAUGCGAGAGUUCCAACACCCCAACGUCCUGGGACUGGUUGGUUUGUCAGAGAAAGAGCCGGGCGUGCCCUACGUUGUGCUGCCUUUUAUGGAGAACGGUGACCUCUUGACCUACGUCCGUGACCCUGAUGUGCAACUAACUCUACAUGACGUCAUCAAAUUUGGAGCUGACAUUGCAGACGGCAUGGCGUACUUAAGUUCCCUGAAGUUUGUUCACAGAGAUCUGGCAGCGCGGAACUGUAUGCUGGACAGUGUCCAUCGCGUGAAGGUGGCCGACUUUGGUCUGUGUCGGGACAUCUAUGAGAAGGGCUACUACACCAGCGACAACAAAAAGCAACUGCCCAUUAGGUGGAUGGCUAUAGAGAGUAUAGAACAUGGGGCUUACAGUACCAAGUCAGAUGUUUGGUCGCUUGGUGUGGUCCUUUGGGAGAUGUUGACAAGGGGAGUAACUCCCUACCCUGGUGUUGACGGCUGGGACAUCAUCAACUUUUUACGGCGUCGACGUCUGCCUGCCCCUUUCUUCUGCCCAGACGAGCUGUACUGUCUCAUGAUGCAGUGUUGGGCUAAAGACCCCAAUUUGAGACCCACUUUUAAAGCUCUGCACCUUGAACUACAGCUUCUGAUUGGGCAAGACUCUUUACUGCCAUCCACACCCAAAAUAAACAAGAAAAACCCCGAGAAGUGCCCGGAUUUACAAACAUCAAAUCUCCAAUCGAGUAAAACACCGGGUGCUUCAAAAACCGAAACCAAAUCGGAAAUUCCCAAGGGGAUUCCCGAAACAAUUGUUGAAGCAAACGGCGAAAUGACAAAAGUUCAUUACGAGAACACUGCAAGCUGCAUGGGGGAGCGAACUUUGACUGUUCCAGCCCAUAACGCCCUGCCUGAUACAACGAUCACGAUCCCAGAAUGCUAUUCGGACAGAGAAGUCAGCGGCACCACCGUUAAGAAAUUCCACCGUCUUGUCGACAACUACGAAACCGCCCCUGAUUUUAAAAAAAAGACGAACAAACCCACGAAAAAAACGAGUUUUACUUCAGUCAACAGAAACAGCUCCUUGUUGGAGAGACUCGCCCCCGGAAACGGCGGGGUUUGUGAGGGCGGCGGCGUAGCUUUGACCCAAGACAGCGCGUAUUUUAUGCUAGAGAAGGCCACGGACGACGACUCGUGUGCCGCUGAUUCGGCUCUACAGAGAACACAGAGUCUGAUGGAGGGCAGUAACAGGGCCAGAGUCAGCACCAAUAGACUGAGCUUGACCGUGUCGAAUAUUUACGUGUGAGUUGGCUAGACACUUAUAGACAAGCUUGGCUAGACAGUUCUAGACAAGACAAGAGACAGCACCAAUAGACUUAGCUUGACCGUGUCGAAUAUUUACGUGUGAGUUGGCUAGACACUUCUAGACAAACUUGGCUAGACACUUCUAGACAAACUUGGCUAGACACUGCUAGACAAACUUGGCUAGACACUUCUAGACAAACUUGGCUAGACACUUCUAGACAAACUUGGCUAGACACUGCUAGACAAACUUGGCUAGACACUUCUAGACAAGACAAUAGACAGCACCAGUAGAUUUAGCUUGACCGUAUCGAAUAUUUACGUGUGAGUUGGCUAGACACUUCUA